AUGGGUCAUCUCUGUAGGACCCCAAUCGUCGGACUUACACGCUGUACAGCUAUAGGAAACUCUUGGUACCAAGGCCUGGACAUACCGGGGCGGUCGUUCCUGCUAUACAGCGGUUUUAUGAUGACAAACAACUGUAAGCUCAUCGCAGAGAGCGGCUCUACCAAGAGCUCGACACAAUAUUGCAGUGGAGGGUACAACGACGGCAGGUCUGUGACCUACGACAGCAACCACAAGUGA